AUGAGGCAGCCGGCAAGUCCCAGUGACUGCACACGCGAAAACCCCGCACAGAGGUCACCAGUGGGCACAGAUGGCAAUGACGGCCGUUUGCCAUUGCAAGAGCUUCCUGCAAAUGCAACGGGCACCUGCCAUGGGACCGUGCAUGGCAACAGCAGCAACAGACCAUUGCCACCUGCUGCCCCUGUACUAGCGACCCCUCGUGUACGAAGGACACCACUGAGAGGCACACGAGGGCAUAAUGAAGCCACCCUGGCGUAUCUGGAGGCCCGGUCAGACCAGGAAAUGCAAAUGCGCAUGCUUGGUCAUGAACUUGACCGGGAGAGACUGGCCCUCCAGAUACGCCAGCACGACGACAAAAUGCAGCUCCACAUCCGCCAGCAUGACGACAACGUGAGGCUGAGGGAGCAGGAGCUUGAGCUGCGAAAAACUGAGCUGGCUGCACUUCUUGAGGAAAGGCGGAGCAACCAAGUGUACCAGACUGCCCAGCUGGAGUUGAUCAAAGCUUUAACGGAAAAGCUACAAAAAUAGUGUUAAUCGUACCUGAUGCUCCGGUUUCUUGUUCAGUGCUCUUUUUUCUUUCUUUUCUUACUCUCAAUUCACAUGCAUGACGCUCCUAUUUCUUGUUCACUGCUCUUUUUCUUUCUUUUCUUAAUCUCGGUACAUACAGAUCAUGGUGCACUAUUUUAAAACAAUUAAAUUAGGGGGUUUUACGUGCCAGAACCAAUAUUUGAUAGUGAGGCACGCUGUAGUGUGGGACUCCGGAAAGUUGCACCACCUGGGAUUUUUUAACGUGCACCUAAAUUUAAGUACACAGUGUUUUCACAUUUAGCGCACUGUUUUAGCAUGCUCUGACGGGACAGUGAAGGGUACACUACCUUGCACAAGUUGAAGUGUAGUAUCUUUGCUGUGGAGUUUUUAAGCCAUGAGAAUGAAUGCUCGGGUUUUGUGUUUAAUUCAUGUGUUCCUCAUCAGCCACACUAAUUCUGCUUAUUUAGCGAUGAUUUAUUGAGUUGCGAUAAGUGUUCAAUGUUUUCCUCAUGCAUAGAGGAUGCCUUG